AAGAGCUGAAUCAAGCCUUUAAAAACACCACAGACGUCCACCUUCACACUACUGCAGCCAACAUGUCUUUCACUGGGAAAUACCUGCUGGAUGCCCGGGAGAACUAUGAGCUCUUUAUGCGAAAACUAGGCAUCCCUGAAGAUCAAAUCCAGUUGUGCAAAGACCUCAAGAGCACUACUGAGAUUGAGGAGAAUGGAGACCACUUUAAAAUUACGGUCACCACAGGACCCCAUGUCAGUGUUGUUUCAUUCACAAUUGGACAGGAGUGCGAAAUGCAAGAUAUGACCGGGGGGAAAUUCAAGACUGUCGUCAAGCGCGAGGGCAAGAAGCUCGUGAACGACAUAAAAGGUGUCGAAUCGGCCACGGAACUGGUGGAUGCAAACACUCUUGUCAAUAUACUGACAUUAGGAGACAUCAAGUGCAAGACAAUCAGCAAACGCAUUUAAAAACGUGGAAUAAGACAAGAAUCUGCAUAAUUUUGCUGUAGCUACCUUGAAAAAAGACAAAAUGUAGUGUCAGAUGAUUCAAUAUUAGCUUUUCAGCACUACUUAAAAGGUGCACUGUGUAACUUUUCUGCUUGUUUCUAUGGAAAU